CAGAAGGAUUUCAGGGUGGAAGAGAAACGUCGGCUGUUCUGUGCCACAGAGUCAGCGGAUGAGUCAUUUGUGUCCUCUUUUUGAUGCCUUCUUUGAUUGUCCGUGGAAGAAGAUCCGGAGUGGAGCGCGUUGACUCGCUGCUGGAGCGAGCCGGCUGACGGAGGAAAUGCGACGUUAUUCAAAGAAGAAUCUUGUUUUGCCAGCGCUGCUCUUCAUAGUUGGAUUGUACCUCAUUAACCGGCUGGACUUCCCCGUUUCUGGCCGGACAGGGUCACAUGAACCAACUGUAAAAGAAUUAACUUGGCAAGCAGACAGGCUGGUUAAUAAGGAGUCCUGGAUCGAACGGGGAGAUUACCUGCCUUUCAAUGUGUCCUAUCAGCUGCUUGCUGGUGCACCAUCUACUCAACAGAGGUAUUUGUCAAUUGGAUUGUCAUCGGUGAAGAGGAAGAAGGGCAGCUACCUAAUCCCCACUUUGCAGUCAAUCUUCACCCAGUCUUCUCCUGAAGAGCGCUCCUCCAUGGUGGUGGUAGUGCUGCUAGCAGAUUUUGAUGUCAGUUGGAGAGUUGCUACAGUGAGUGAGAUCAACAGUGCGUUUGCCUCUGAGCUGGAACAAGGCCAGCUGGUGGUGUUCCAUGUUCCUCAGGAUUGGUACCCUCCUCUUACAGAUCUAAAGAGGAACUAUAAUGAUGCUCCAGAAAGGGUAUCAUUCCGCUCCAAGCAGAACCUGGAUUACUCCUUCCUGAUCAACUACAGUGCUGGUUUUAGCCAAUACUACCUCCAGCUGGAGGAUGACGUCUCCUCUGCAAGAAACUUCUUUACCACCAUCAAGAGGCGCAUUGAGGAGCAAGACGCAAAGAAAAAUACCUGGACAAUGCUGGAAUUCUCAAGUCUCGGCUACAUCGGGAAACUCUACAAAACAGCAGAUCUUCCUCAACUGUCUCGCUUCCUCUACAUCUUCUACCAGGAAAUGCCCUGCGACUGGUUGAUGACUCAUUUCCGAGUGGUAAUGACUCAGAAACUGCCAAUCAUCUUCAAACCCUCACUGUUCCAACAUGAGGGGUCUUUCUCUUCGUUCGAAGGGACAUACAACAAGCUAAAAGACAAGGACUUUGAGGAGUUAUACACCAAUCCGUCAUCUAAGGUUUACUCUGAUAUGUCCACAUACAAGAAUCACUUCCCCAAACUGGCGUGGGAUGCCGGGGAGACAUUCUUCUGGGGACGCUCCCCAGAAAAAGGAAAUUACCUGACUGUGGUGUUCACAGGCCCUGCAGUAGUGACAGGGAUAUCUGUAGAAACAGGGUCAGCAGGCAAAGACCUCCUGGAGUCGGCUCAGGUGGAGAUAGGCCAUGACGUGUUUUCUAACAAGGAACAGGAGAAGAGCUGUAAAGAGUUCCAGUCAGUAGGGAUGUUAAAGAAUGGGAGGUUUGAGAUGCAACAGAUAGACCAAAAGUAUAGCUCUGCCUCUUCCUGUCUGAGGAUCCUAGUCACAGCUGGGCAGAGCGAUUGGGUAAUCAUUAAAAAAAUCAGAAUCUCAACCAAAAUGAGUACACCUCCACAUCAAGCAUAGCAGUGAAACUUUUCUUCCUGACAAAUUAAUAACUUAUCUUGGUUUGAUCUGCUGUGCCUUGUGUGAAUGCUGAACAUAUGAAUCUUGUGCCUUGUUAAACAGUUUCACUGAUGAAUCAACAUCAUGAGUUGGAUGCUACCUGAGUAAAAUCAACCACACUAAGACCCGUCCAAGCUGGUACAGUUAAUAGGCAUUUAUUUUUGUAGGUAUUUUUUUUUCAUCUAUUAAGCAUUGAAUGAAUACAUUCAUUGGUCCUGUUCGGCAUCUUGGUGUCUUUGCUCAGAGGAUGACUGCGCUCCUUGGCUGGCUACUUUGUCCACCACAUUGCUCACUGGUCCUCCCUUUCCAGUACUGGCCGUACUAUUGGUUCUCUCUCCAGGAGCAGGCUCCAAAGCUGGCUUCUCUUCAGCCACAGAGCACUCGCUGGCAGUUCUCUCACCUCCAGUGAAGGGGAGGUUCUGAGAUGCUGGUCGGGCUUCUGCUGCAGAGGAUGGGGCGACAACAUCCUGCUGUAUAUUCCAAGCGGUCUGAAAGAAAUAAGAAUAGACAAUGGCCUGAGAUGACCUGAACAGACAUGAGGGCAAACUUGAGUCUUACUGUUAACUGCUCUCAUUAAUGAAGAGUUGAAUUCAUAAGAAAUAAAACACUUUUGCUCACUUCAGUGUGCUCAGGAGUUUUGCUGCUACAGUUUUACUUGGCCUGGUAUAGCUUCUGGUGUCUUAUGUUAGCUAACAUUAGAUGCUAUAGAUUAAGUUUGUUCUUGUACUUGUACUGUUACAUUAUGUGUUGGCAUUGACUAUUAUCCUGCAUUAGUCACGCGUGGUCACAGUAGCUGCUGUUCAGCAAAACUUAAUAGUCUUGCUUUCAUGACGGUGAAAACAUGGCUUCAAAUCGUAAGUAUUUUUCUAUUACAUUAAAUAUUGAUGACUUGUUACUACAGCUUU